GACAGUAAAAGAGAAAAACGGCAAAGGUAGAGAGAGAAAGAAAGGCGAACGGCAAGAGAAGAGAUGGCAAGGAACAAACACAAAUGAGGAUUCAGGAUUGAAAGAGAAUAACAGCACGGUACCAGGAUGGAACUGGGAGCAACGCAGCGACCGACUGAUGGCAGCGACCGACUGAUGGCAGCGACCGACUGAUGGCAGCGACCGACUGGGAUCGUGUUGAUAAGAGCCAAGAGGAACCAAUCAACAAACACAGUCAGAAUGAGAAGAGACGCUGUGACUGGAUCUAGUCCUCCAUCCGCUGUCCUCCUUCUCGCUGUCACUUAGUGUCUGACAGGCUAACGCUCUGCUGGAUAGAUGUUUAAUUGGCUCUAAACACACAUCGAGAACAGAAAACAACCAGAAUUCAUAGCAUGUUGGAAAAUGACUGGAAGAUAAUUGGAGCUGUUGGAUCUAACUUACUGUCUACCACGGACAUAACCAGGAUCAACAAUGUAUGAUUACUACCAAGACAUGACAUGUCCAAUGUAAGGCUGGACGGACUUUUCAGAGAAUUUUUUUGCAGGAGUUUCAUUCUUUGAGCAGACUCCCCACUUGACUUUCUUCAAAACAUAAAGUUUAUGCUCCUGUACUCUACCAAAGAACAGAGACGAACAUGUGACAUUGAUCUACAACAUCUUCAUCAAUACCAGGUCUCUCGCUUUUUGAAAGAGUUUUUACCAUUUUUUUCUCAAUUUUGUGAAACAAAAGACUUCACAAUUCAUUCUUCAAGCUUUACACGUGCCUCCCACCAACCCCCAUCACCUUGGGACAGCCAGCCAAUCAUGGGCAAGCCACUUAGCCGUCCUGGAUGUAUCAGGAAGAGCUCUUGUUGCCUGGAGAAACACAGGGCUGGAGAAGGGGUAGUGGGAGGGCGAGAUGUUGGGAUGGAAGGAGGAUACGGAGAUGGCUACAUUCCCCAGCGAUCCAUUUACGACACCAUGUGCAUCAAUCAGCAAAUUGACAGCCAUCACCACCAUUCCAGAGGAUCAGUGAGGCGAGACGGAGGAGGAGAUGGGAGCUUUACCUACUCUGCAAGUGGCUCCCUCAGAGCCAGCAGGUCUCCAGUGGACAUGUUUGAUCCUCAGCCCCGUUCUCUAACUCCAAAUCCAUCCUUUGUCCGUCGGCUGGAUGAAAGAGCCAUCUAUGACUCACUGAAGCUCGGAGGACAGGACGGAGAAGAUGGCGGAUGCCACUCGCCGGGACACUUCAACCGAUCAGUUUCUCCCUCUGUGUCCUCAUUCUCAGCUCCAGGGGUCUCUUCCUCCUCCUCUAAAAAACACCACCAUCACCACCACCAUCACCAUGGAGACAGCACAAAGAGCAGAGACAGCCGACAUUCUUGGAAAGUCUUGGCACCUCCAAAACAUAUGGAAUGUAUGGAGCUAACAACGGCAGAGAUGAUAGACAGAGGAGGGUUUCUGAACCCAGGGCUUUAUCCUCCCGGGGGGCAAUCCUCAUCUCUCACUUCCCCACUGAUUUCCCCCUUCUCUGGCUCGCCCAUGUCAUCAGGUUACCACACUCCAGUUUUUUUCUCCCCAGCCAAACCCCGCCCCAGCCAGAGUCAGAGUUUACGCUGUUCACCUCCCCACAUCAUACAGCCAAGACAUUACUCCCAAACUCAGAGCCUCAGGCUGUCACCACCCCAUGAGCUCAGACGAUCGCCCUACAGGGCCCCACUCGUCCAACUGUCUGCUCAUGACCUUGAGCACGACCUGAGGGAGCGAGGAGGAGGGUGGGGCCGCGGCGAUCGUGACAGGGAGUGGGAGAGGGAGAGAGAAAGGGAGCUGGAGCGAGGCUGGGCACAAAGAGAGUGGGAGAGGGAGAGGGAGAGGGGGAGAAUUGAGAGGGAGAGAGCCCGCGAGAGGGAGAGGAGGGAAACUUCGAGUUUUGGCACCUUUGGUUAUGGCCAACCAGUCCCUCUGCGUUCAGAUUCAGUGUUUUUAGAACCCGACCACGGUCUGGACACAACGCCCUUAUUAAUUCCCCAGCCCUCACCAUCACCCUCCCCCAAUGCUGCCCCAAGGAUGGGCACUGGGGUAGUUGGCAGAAACAGGGCAGGGUCAAAGGUUGGUCCUGAUAGUUCAGGGGGAGGGUUGACCUCUAAAUUUGACAAUGGAAGUGUGAAUUUAGUGUUAGUUGAUAGCAAACCCGGAUAUGGGACAAGGAUGGUGAGUGAAGUUGUGACGGAACACAUGUCAGAUAUCGGAAUCCGGGAGGAAAUCCAAGAGCACUGCAGAGCUGAAGCCUGGAAGAGACAGGAGAGUGGAUCCAGGGGAUGUGUGAUGCACGGGUCUGAAAGGAGAAUGGGUUCCCAGGUGAAAACUACACCAGGGGGCCGAGAUCUGGAAGGAAAGGUGCAGUCGGGUGUAGAGAUCAAAGAGCGACGAGGAGAAACAAAGAAUGGACAAAAAAACGCUAAGGCUGUUCCAAAAGCAGAACCUGCAGAAGCCUUGCCUCCAAACAGGAGGAACACAGAAAUAUGGGCUGGACGUUCAGAUACAGUCCCGCAGGAAAUUGCACCUAUUUCUGGAAAAAAGCCAGAAGAAGACACAGGACUUGAAGAAAAAGUUAGUUCUCAAAAGACGGAGAAAAACAACAGGACAGAAGCAGAAGUUAAAACUCAAGUAAAUGAAAAAUCGGGAUCAGCAGUUGAGUCACGGGAGGAAACUAAAGUAGGAGUAGAUGUUAGAAGUGUCCCGGUGUCUAAGUGUGAGGACGGGCUCAAAUCUGGAGCUCACACUGUGACAGAGAUCGAAAGUAAAAAUGAGACCACAGUUGUCAGCAAGCCCGCAGACAGCUCACAGACCAAUGCUCAGGCGAAGUUAUCUGCCUCGGCUGAAGAUAAAACUGAAGUGGCUCCUUCAGGCCUAGAACAAAAGAAGUUGGAUGAGAGUUUGAAUGAUUUCAACCAGCCUCUGAAAAGUUCAAGAUCCAAGUCAAAAUCUUCCAAGUCCUGUUCCAGGACUCGUCCUGGAACAGCCACAGGGAUGCGACCUGGUGCGCUCAGCCCUCGGCAGAGCAAAAGAAUUGAAGACUUUGAGUCUAGGGGACCACCUGAAGGCAUCGAGUCCACAUGGCCUCGCAGGAUCAUGGUUCGAAAGAGAACUGUUCGUCAGGGAGGGGCCCUCCACAAUCUCCCAAUACUUCCCCCACUUCCUUCUGUAAUUUCAGCUUUAGAAAAAAGGCGUCCACACCUUCAUCUAGAUUCAGACAAACAGUCAGCAGGUAUGGUGGGCCGAUGCUCGCUGAGGGAGCCCUCUCAUCCGGAAACAGGACUCGGGAGCAGCUUGUUGGGCAGAGCCUCUCUGAGGGAGCAAAAUUUGGAGCACUGGAGAGUCUACAGAGACCAAGAAGAGCCCAGGAGGUCUAGAAGCAGGGAAAAACAAGGAACCCAAAGUAAAGAAUAUUCUGAAAAAGAGGAAAAGAAGGGGGAAAAUCCAGAGAAAGAAAAAAAAGCUGAGAAAGUUGGGCUGUUGGAAGGCAUUAAGAAGUCAAAGGUAGAGAAACCGGAAGAAGAAGAAACUCAAAACAGUUCAAACAGAAAAAAAGGAGAUAGAAAAAUGCAAGCUGUAGGGAUUAAAUCAGAGAAAGUAGAAGUUAAAGACAUAAAAGUUCAUGAUCAAACACGAGAGAAACCCGAUUUGGAUGAGGUGAUGGCCAUGUCACACAAAGACGAAAGUGAGGUGGAGGAAAGAGAAGGUGGGACUUCUGGGGAAGAAGAGGCGGUGGAGGGCUGGGAUGCAGUCCUGGAUAUGGUCAACACACUGUGGGACAAUUCCUGGGCAAAGCACGAAGCAGAAGGAGGAGGAGCCGACACGGAUUCUCUCCCAGGUUCCCUGCAGCGGUGGCCUCUGCUCCGGCCUCCAGUUGGGUUUGGGGGUUCACAUCCUCCCUCCUCCGCAGCUUCAGAACUGAGCCUGACCGAAUUAGAGAGGAGAGCCAGGGAACUGGACUCUGAUCUGGAGCACCUAGACCUGUCACAACCCCACAGGGACCCCCAGGAUUUAUACCAAACUCUGCUCGAGCCGCACAGGGAACGCGUUGCUAUGUACCAAACACACCCUGGUCCUCAAAGAGAGAAGGCUGCACUUCUUACAGGAGUGAGCAGCAGAUCCCAGGUCAGUUUGGAGCUCAAUGCGAUGGAGUCACCUGCAGUUGACAGUGACAAACUUCCUGCUGACUGGUCAGUGAAAUCUGGGGGUACUUCCUGUAUUGGCACUGGCUCUGCUAAAGAGGACAGCUCUCCUGACUCCAACCUAACGCUGGAAUCUGAUUCCAGCGGCGUGUUCCUUUCCUUAUCCAAUCAGAGUCAAGAGGAUGCUGGUUCAGACAGUGACCAGCCAGUCAGCGGAUCGGAGCUAGGCAGCAGUAACACAUCUCUGGAGAAAGACGGGGAUGAUGGAGUGCUAAAGGAGUGGGGAAGAGAGGAAAGUGCGGAGCUGCAGUGGUGCUAUCCCACACUCCUCGGCACCAUGUCGCAUGAAGACAUGCAGGAAGAUGGUGAAAGAUUAGAGUCUGAGUGUGGAAGUAUGGGGGUAGAUAAAGAGAGAGAGACGGAUGACAGGCAAAGGAAAAGUCAUAAGUUGGGUGUGGUUUCCAUCAGUAGGAGUAACAUACAGUACACAGGCCAGAAGGGCUUCAUAAAUGUCCCACAGAGUGAAAGAAAAGUGAACACAAUAGGAUAUGACUCCCCCCUAUCUUUGUCCCCCUCCAAACAAGCAGUCAAACACCUUUUAGAUCCCAACCAAAAACCAAUCAGAAGCUCCGGACUGGACUGCGGUGACCUGGAUCCUUUUGUGCAGUCAGACAGCUUUGUCUAUCUGGCGGUGUCAGCUCGACCGCCGUCAGGAGAAGAAUCUAAAGCAGUGACAGGGAUUUCCUCGCAGGAUAGUGAACGAGAACAUGUUCAGCUCAGUGCAGAGAGUACAAAAGCUCACUUCGGCAUAGCCAAUACAGAGCAGGACACCAAGCCAACCCACCUUGUUGCUCAUAAACCAGAGGAAGGAGACUUUCUGUGCACGGACAGUUUCGUCUACCUGGCUGCUCCAGCCUGCCUCCUGUUAGGCCCUGCAGGUUCAGCACCCUACAGUGGCAAGGAGUCCGACUCUGAGAGCUCUGGCUCUGGACCUGUCGACGUGUCGGUUCUGGGUUGUGGCUCUGUGGCAGGUGACAGCGACUGGGACUCAGACCUGUCCGACUCUGAUCCCAGUCGCUCAUCAAGAAUGUCAGCCUCCUGUAAUAAAUCCUCCGUCGUGGCUCGGCCCAAACGACUGCCCGUUGAACCCGACUGGGACUCGUCUCAAACUGAAUCUGAAGUGCUCCAUGAGAUGUUUACUGAGCAAGACGCAUCCACCACUGGCAACUCGGGGGUUUCUGGCGCCGCCCCUGCUGCAACAUCACCCAUUGCUAUGGAAACGGAGCCCGUCACAAGCACUGAGAAGCCAGCCUCGUCCCUGGAGCAGCUGUCAACCACAAAGAAAGUGACGUGGCAGUUUAAACCAGCCCACAGGUCUGUGUGCACAGGAAGCAGGAAGGAGAAGGAAAAUGAAUUCUCAUUGGGGAGGCUAAGAGAAAUAGAAGAUGGUGAGACAUCCAGGCCCUCGCCUUCCUCUUCGUCAUCAUCUUCGCCAUCUUCAUCAUCGUCUGGAUGAUUUCUGAAAAAAAAAAAAAACAGUUGUCUGACUCUUGGAGAAAAGCUCAGAGGCUGCAGUGCAGACAGGUAGAAAAAGUAUUUGUUGACUUGAAUGUUUCUUGCCUUUGCGUUUUGUAUUUUUGCUGCCAUUGCCUUCUUGGAGUUCGUAAAAGCUGCUUUAAACUUCUUACAUUUAGCUGACACAGUUUACUCUUUAGAAUUCAGAGGCUUAGACUCCACACGUUGGAAAACGGGACAUGGUACAUCAUAUAUUAAAUGUGAAGAAAACAGUUGGAGCUUUCUGUCAUAUAAACACGAGAUUCUCACAGCAACAGAGAAUGGAUUCCUUCACCAGAGUCUGUUGUUUGGUUCCAAAGUAACCAUCAACGUUUCGUCACAUCAGAACCUGUAAAGAAACGCAAACUGCUUUGGAAUGCGUUUCCCAGGAUCUAAUCAUUUAAAUUAAAUGAAUUCAAUGCCCCCCCAAACAUGAGACACUAACAGAGGUUUACAGUGUACAGAGUGUUUUUUAAUCUCAGUGAAUUUAGCAGUGCUUCUAUAAUAUAUAUUUUGAAAUAAACACAUAUUUAGAAAUAUACAUGAUGAAUGUGCAAACAGAAACAUGCUGAAGGACUGGAGAUCAGUGUUUUACCUAUGAAAUAAAAUGAAAUAGUGAAUGUGACAUUGAAGCAAUAUGCAUACGGAUACAUGCUAUAUUUUAUGUUUUGUAUGUGAAAAGUGUUUUUAUAACAACGGCUGUCUUUAGUUCUUUCUGUGCAGCCAGUUGUUGAUUGUAAAUACAACCUGAAGCACAUAUAGGAGUUUGGAGUGACUUGUUUUGAAGCAUUUAUCAGGUACUUUCGCUCCGAACAGCAAGAACAAGACUGACACGACUGACAGCCUUUAAGGAUUAUUGCAAAGGUUGACGGAGCUCAGGGCACAUCGGAUGAACGCUUUUGCUUCCCAGCACUCACAAUUCAGUUCUAUAGGUCAACGAGUUCACACACAGUUUAUCACAGACAAUCUGAAAGGAGUUUGAGACCCACAAUGACACAUUUGUGAGGAUUUAGGGUAAACGGUUGUUUUGUGGGCUGAGCCAUGACUGAUAUAAAAAAGGUUUUGAAGCUUCUCAAAUGCUCCUAAAAGUCCUAUUCUAUCCUAAAGGAAGCACAUUGGGAAAUGAUGGGAUCUUCCUACAGUU